CUCAGUAGCAAUCAGAAAACAAAGCUCAAAUUGUUUCGUAAUCCUCUCUCUCUAUCUCCUUUCUGUCUUCUCUUUUAACGAUUUGUCUUUUCAUAUUAAUUUAGUUCUAUAAAUUGGUUGAUUUUUUUUAAAUUGUUCUCGUUAGCGAUGGUGAGAAAGCAACAGUGAUUAAUCUAAUCAUACUGUUGAAAUCUUUGCUCCUUUGUCAAUAUCCAUCGUCAUUCUAUUUUGUGUAAACGAGAAAAAAACAUAUCUUUCUCGUUUUAGGAGAGAGAAAAUUGUUUUUUUUUUCUUCUGGUUUGAUGUGAAACUCAGAAGAACAGAGAAAAGAAGACGAAGGAGACAGGAAUUGGGAAAAAAUCUUUUGUAAGCCAGUGCUAAGUUCGGAUCCGGGUCGGGUGGAUUUUGUUUUUUUGUUGUCGAAUCAGAGACGAAGUUGGCUGUUAGCGGCGGAACUGGCGAUUUCCGUUUGCGGCUGUGACGGUGUUUCUGGCUCGUCGUCUUCAACUAAUCAGGUCAUCUUUUUAGGUUGGAGGUUUUUAAUGACACAAAUGUCACUUCGGAGGUUAAAAGUGUUAGUGAAAAAACUUCAAGGUUUAAAGUGCGAGAGUUUCAUCUCAGUUUAGGCAAAGAGACUCAGUAAAACUUGUUGGAUCUUUAAAUGUCUGGUUUUGAAGAAAACGUGGCUGUAAUGGGAGAAUGGGUUCCUUGUAAUCCUAGCUCGAAACGUGUUCUUGAAAGAGAGCUAUCUUUGAAUCAUGGCCUUGUUAAUCGUCUAGAAGAAGAAGAAGAAGACACUAGUGGUAAUAACAAGAACGUUUCACGAGGUGGUGGUUUAAGAGAAAGAAUCGCUGCUCGUGCUGGAUUCAACACUCCGAGGUUAAACACUGAGAACAUCCGCUCUAACACCGAUUCUAGUCUUCGCUCUCCUAAUUGCUUAACCAUCUCCUCUCCUGGCCUUAGCCCUGCAACGCUCUUGGAGUCUCCUGUUUUCCUUUCUAACCCAUUGGCUCAACCGUCUCCAACUACAGGGAAAUUCCCAUUUCUUCCUGGUGUUAACAGUAGUAAUGGAUUGUCUGCUUCUGAUAAAGAGAAAGACGAGUUCUUCGAUGGCAUUGGAGCAUCAUCAUCAUUCACAUUCCAUCCUGUUUCAAGACCCUCUUCCUCUUUCUUCCACGGCGCAACGGAGAUGAUGCCAGUUGAUUAUGGUAACUACAACAACAGUUCUUCUCAUCAUCAGUCCCCGGAAGAAGAUGUCAAACUCGGUUCUGAGCAAAGUGGCUUGAAGAGGAAGACAUCUGAUGCCACAACAAACACCAACGACCAUCAGGAAGAGGAAGAAGGAGAAGAAGAGCAAAGAGGUGGUGAUUCGAUGGCUGGUGGUGGAGCACCUGCAGAGGAUGGAUAUAACUGGAGGAAAUACGGACAAAAGUUGGUUAAAGGAAGCGAGUAUCCACGAAGCUAUUACAAGUGCACAAACCCGAGCUGUCCAGUGAAGAAGAAGGUGGAGAGAUCAAGAGAAGGUCACAUCACUGAGAUUAUAUACAAAGGAGCUCAUAAUCACUCCAAGCCUCCUCCUAACCGCCGCUCCUCCGGAACGCAACUAGAUGGAACCGAACAGCAACAGCAGCAGCAGCAGCAGCAGAGAGAUAACUCUGCAACGUGGGUUAGUUGUAAUAACACUCAACAACAAGUUGGAAGCAAUGAGAACAACUUCGAAGAAGACGGAAACCAAUCUGGAUCGAUUCAAGCUCAAGAGUCAGGUGAUGUGAUUGUGGUUGAUGCUUUGUCAACACUCUCUAAUGAUGAAGAUGAAGAUGAUAGAGGGACUGAUCAUGGUAGUGCUUCUUUGGGAUACGAUGGAUGUGGAAGAGGAGAUGAAUCCGAAUCGAAAAGAAGGAAACUUGAGGCUUACGCAAUAGAGAUGAGUGGAGCAACAAGAGCUAUACGUGAGCCAAGAGUCGUUGUGCAGACAACGAGUGAUGUUGACAUUCUCGACGAUGGCUAUCGCUGGAGAAAGUAUGGUCAGAAAGUUGUCAAAGGAAACCCAAACCCUAGGAGUUACUACAAAUGCACAGCUCCUGGAUGUACGGUGAGAAAACACGUAGAGAGAGCUUCUCAUGAUCUCAAAUCCGUUAUAACCACUUACGAAGGCAAACACGACCACGACGUCCCCGCCGCACGCAACAGCAGCCACGGCGGUGGAAACGGUAGCAGCGCCGCUCAAACUAACCAUUACCAAGAGCCUCCACGUGGCAGAUAUGAGAGACAGCUCAACCAGUCGUCUCAGUUCGGACGUCCGUUUAGCUUCCAGCCGCAUUUGGGUCCUCCUUCCGGUUUUGCGUUCGGUCUAGGACAAACCGGUUUUGGUAAUCUUUCGAUUCCUGGUUUAGCGUUUGGUCAAGGGAAAUUACAGGGUUUGACUCACACUCACCCGUCGUAUAUGAUGAGUCAACAACCGGGUGGGAUGAGUGAAGCGAUGAUGAUGCAGAGAGGGAUGGAGCCUAAGGUUGAACCGGGUUCGGAAACGGGACAGUCGGUAUAUAACCAGAUAAUGAGUAGAUUACCACAGAUUUGA